UAUAUAGUUUGUCUAAAGGCUUCGCAGUAUAGUCAUCUCGUCGUGAAAUUCGCGAUUUUGAGCGAAAUAAAUCAAUCUCAGACGUGAACAUUUCCGAAUAUCGCACUAAGCAUGGAGUGCAUGUCGAGUAUUGUAAAAACAGUUAAUAUGACCAAGAAUGCAGCGAAAAAUGGUGUAGCAAGUAAAGCAAUCGCCGAAAUCAACAACGAAAUCAGCGACUCCGAUAUCACGAUGCACAACUCCAGCGUAACGUACGAAGCCAUGGCCGACGUCGCUUUCAUGCACGACGCGAAAUUCAGUUCAACCGACUCGUCGAUAAUCUCAGCUCUUGUGCCCAAGAUGGAAAAUCUCGAGGUGUCGCAAAAAACGCAGCCGGACAAGUGCCUGGCCGGUUACGUCAAAGCUGUGAUUCUGCCGAGUGGAACGGCCGUCGUUCAGCUGGCAUCAGGAAGUCGGAUCCUCGACGUCGGCACAGCUAUUUUUCUGCGAAAUCACAACAAAGAAGGAAGCUACAAGAAGUAUGACGAGAUCGGUGUUGUAUCCGACAUUUUCGGCUCGGUGCUCGAGCCCAUGUACUCGCUGCAGCUGAAAGAAAGGGUCAUCGGUGAGUCCUUGAAGAUGGAUGCCGAGGUGUUUUAUUCGCACGAACAUCCGAGCACAAAGUAUAUCAGCGUCGUGCUCGAUGCUGCGAAUCGUUACACUGUGGUGCAAGAGUGAAGACUUUUAAAAUUAUUAUUAUUUUUUAUGUCAUCAACAAAGUUGUUUGUAGAUUUUAUAUUAAGCUUCUUUUAAAUAACAUGGUGUAUUUAUAUGCUAUCGUUAAAAUUAGUUUGUUUAUUCGUUCGAGUUAUUUAUUUUAUUCGAGUUUUUUUUUUUAAAUAGUGUGCAUUUUAGAUAUUUUAUCAUGAGCUUGUACAAAGAUUACAAGUGUAUAUUUGUUACGCGUUGUUUUUCCUUUCAAAUAAAUUUGUUUAUUUUUUAAA